AUGGGUCGUAAGGGGAAGCGGAAGUGGACUGCCGCCGAGGAGGCUGCAGAGCCGUCCCGUCAAGAGCAACCCAUUAAGAAACAGAAGAAGGUCUCUGAAGACGAGAGCAAGAAACGAGAGGAGACUUCAAAGCAUGAGGUCAAGAAAGUCUCAGAGGAUGAGAACAAGAAGCUAGAGGAUAUUUCAAAGCAUGAGGUCAAGAAAGCGAAGCAUCCCAAAUCCAAGGCACGGAAACCCCCCAGGAAAUCUGGAGACAAACCUCAUAAGGAUGGCGAAAAUAAGCCAAAGCCUUCCGAGAAGAAGCCCGGCCAACUGCAGAAGAAAGAGGAGGUCCGGACGUCUCCCGAGAGCCAGCGGAAUCUGCAAUCUCAGCUUAAAGAGCUGAAUGGAGCGCUCAACUCCGUUGUUGGCGGACGGGAUCGAGCCAUCGGGGGCAGGUUCCUUGCCAUUGAUCCCAUUUUCUCAGCGGAUGAAGAGUAUCUGAUAUUGGCGACUCGUCGAUCGGUCGAACUCUACCUCCUCGCAGACUCGCUUCUAUCCUCGAAGUUCAUCGUUCCUCCGCAAUACGGCGCCAUUACAGCCGUCGCCAUAUCGAAUGUCGAACCCUCCUCGAUGUACGUCGCAACAUCUGCCCUCAGGAUCUUACUGUGGGAUUGGAGCCUUGAAAAGGCGAUUUCGAUAUGGGAGACCGCGCACGCGGUGAAGCAUAUUGCCGUGGUGCCAGGCAAAUCUCCCGAGGAAGAAGCUCUUCUCGCCGUGUUCCAUCUUUCCCAAAAGGAUAGGACGAAGCUUACUCCAGCCAUCGUUGCAAAAAGCGUCAAAAGCGGAGAUGGAUUCAUUGGCGAGCCAUGGACGGUAUUUGAGAGCUCGAUGGAGAUCACUGGUCUGAAAGCAAUUGGGGACGAAUGUCUUGUCGCGGUUUCGUCCAGAUCCGUUGCUAUCGGUGAACCCUCUAAGACUGAUCAAAGUUAUACAUGGAGACUAGUGGAGGUCAAUGAGAGAAUUAGCUCGUUCGACGCGAAAUCGCUCAAAGUGGACUCCAAGUCUCAACUCAACCUAGCGCUCGGUGGUGAGGACGGAAUUAUUUACAGCUACGAAAACAUCCUUCGUAAGCUAAAGCAAACGGAGAGAUCGAUCGGUUCCCUCAACCUAGCGCCACGACUGCUGCAUUGGCAUCGAGGAGCAGUCGGUUCCGCAAAGUAUUCUAAUGAUGGUAAAUACCUCAUCUCCGGCGGCAAGGAAACGUCUCUUGUCCUAUGGCAGCUGGAUACCGGUUCCAGGCAGAUCCUCCCUCAUCUGCUGGCUGACAUUGAUUCGGUGACGGUCUCUCCAUCUGGCACAUUAUAUGCCGUUGCUCUUGCGGACAAUUCCGUCAUGGUUCUAUCCACGGCCGAACUUCAACCAACCGCAGUCAUCGCAUCGGUCCAAAGCAGAAUAUGCCACCCCCAAACCUUGCUGGAUGUGCUACGAGACGAUUCGAAGGAAAAGCCCCAAGUUCGCAAUUUCGAGGCGAGGACUCCGGUGGUGGUAGAUCCUUCGUGCCCCACGCGAGUUCAUUUUGCCGUCCCUCUCUCCCAGUGGCGGCUGGACAGAGAAGCAGCGAAACCUGCAUCGUUCCUCCAGACCUUCGACUUCUAUGAUGCUCGCCACCACAGGAAACAAGCCCUUACCCGAAACAAUACGACCAACCCGAACGUCAACUCCGAAUUAGAAAAUUUGAAGGAGCCGAACGUGAAAUGUCUGCAGCUCACUCAUGACGGAAAUUGGAUGGUCACGGUGGAAGAGUGGUUCCCUUCCGCGGAACAAGUCAAAUACCUGGAAGCUCCUGGCGACGGUCUUGAAAACGAGCGGGAGAUCCGCGCGGAAAUCUACUUGAAGUUCUGGUCAUGGGACAAGACCGACAAUCAAUGGACCCUCAUCACCCGGAUCGAUGCACCGCAUGCCUCGAACGAUGAACGCAUCUAUGGCCGUGUCCUUGGCUUAGUGGCACAUCCCAAGCGCAAUUCGGUCGCCACGAUUGGCGACGAUGGCAUUGUUCGGAUAUGGAAGCCAAAGACUCGUUUCAGGAAUGGAACGACGGUUCGCGACAACGCAAAUGAAAGCUUGGUGACAUGGACGUGCUCGAGUGCCACUGAAUUGGAGAAGGAGCUGAUGUCGCUCGACGAAGCGGAUGUUACAAACACCGAGUCUGCGAUUAAUGCACAUCUGGCAUACUCAACGGAUGGAUCGGUCCUCGCUGCGACCCAGGAGUUCGAUGAGACCGAGCUUCGCGCAACGGUUCACUUCAUCGACGCGCACAACGGAAAGAUCCGAAAUUCCGAAUCUGGAUUGUAUGACUAUGGUCUCGUUAGCAUGGCAUUCUGCGGGCGCCAUCUGGUAGUCUUGUCCAGCUCGAUCGUUGUUUGGGAUGUCGUCUGCAAUGAGUUGUUAUGGAAGGAGAGCAUCGUCAAUGGGGAACUUCUGUCUCCCUGGAGAGCGGCGCCAUUAUCUCAUUUGGCAGCCAGUUCAUCGGGGGAGAAGUUCGCCGUUGCUUACCCUGUCUUGAAGUCGACGUCGGCAGGUGGGUUCGAGACGAGGAUCGAGGUCUUCAAACCGGGUCAACGGGAGGCUAUCCUGUCCGAAUCAAUCCCAGCGGUGGUGUCGGCACUUACGCCACUAGUCGCUUCGGAUGGGUUCUUGGUCUUGAAUGGCUAUGCGGAGCUUCGAACCAUUGGCGAAAGCAUGUCGAUGAUCCCCGUUGAUGCGAUGACACGACAGGUGUCGCGGAAAGACAAGCCGCAAAGUUUGGCAAUCAAGGCCGAUGAAGUAGACAUGGUCGAAGCGGAUGAUGACUCGAUAAUGCAGGUCGAUGAAGAGCCAGUCGGUGACGAUCGUCCGGUUGUGCGAAAAGAGCAGCUGGCAAGGGUGUUGGAUGGAGGUGUUUCCCGGGCACUUCCUUUGGUGAAGGAUAUGUUCCAAGGCUUCAUGCAAUUGUACAUGCGGAAGCCGUCCAAGGCGUCAUAAGCGUUAGAAAAUGUAUCUUCCAUGGGCCGUUGCCCUCUGAAUGUCAUUCAAUUUAUGGUUUCUUUAUCCUUCAACCUCGAACAGUGAAAACCGUGGUCCACCAAUCAGAGCGUCGAGUGCAAGACGUCAAUUCUGGAACCUAGUUAGACCUCCGACUUCUAGACUCGAGAAACCUUCAAGUUACUCAAGC